CCUACUACUCCAAAAUCAACUGAAAUAAUUGGAAAUUGCUCUUUAUUCCCUUUUGAACUAGAUUCAAAGUUUAAAGAUCUCACCAAUAUCUGAUUGCAAGAUAUUGAAAGUAGUGAUUUUGUGUUAUCAAAAAUGGCUGAGGCACUUUUUGCUGGAGCUGCUUUGGGUGUGGCUUUCGACAAAUUGGUGAGCAUAGUUGUACAACAGGCAAAACUUAUUGCAGGGUUCAAAAGUGAACUCCAACGCCUUGAAACCACCCUUAAAGAUAUCAGGCCGAAACUUUUAACAAUUAUGGAGUUGAAAAAUGUCUUGAAUCGUCCCACAGAAGAAAAAAUAACCCGGUAUUUAAAGGACGCGGCAGACCUUGUGAUCAAGUGCUCCAAUGUGAGGUCCUGGAACGCAUACCAUAAAUCUGUUUAUGCAAAGAAGCUAAUUAGUUUGGAUAAUGAUCUCGUGAGGUUCUUUCAAGUAAACGCCCAGGCGGACGCAGCUAUCACCGGUCUGGAGAUUUCAAUAGAGAUAGGAACAAUGCAAAAAAAGUUAGAUCAGUUACUUGCAGCUGGCACUGGAGGAUUAUCAGGUUGGUGCAGUGUUCCAGGGCUUCCAGAACUUAUUGUUGGUUUGGAUGAGCAUCUUGCAGAAUUGAAGUUUAGACUGCUCAAGGAUGAAACCCGUGUUUUGGUGAUUUCAGCUCCAGGUGGUUGUGGGAAGACUACCUUGGCCAAGAUGUUUUGUCAUGACGAUGAGAUAAAAGGCACAUUUGGUGGGAACAUCCUUUAUGUUACUGUCUCAAGAGUGUCUAGCCUUAUGAUCAUCGCCCAAAAACUAUUCAAACAUUAUGGAGAAAAUGAUCAUGUCUUUCAAACUGAAGAAGAAGCAAAGAAUCAAAUCGAGAACCUGAUGCGGAGGAAGAUGGGAUCAGAUAAAAUGCUGCUUGUGCUGGAUGAUGUCUGGUCUGAAUCAGAAUCCCACAUUCAGGACCUUAAGUUCCAAAUACCAGGAUAUAAAAUUUUGGUUACAUCAAGGUUCUUAUUUCCAAGAUUUAACUCCACUUAUCAGUUGAGCUUGUUAAGUCAUAAAGAUGCAAAGGCUCUUCUUUGCUACAACGCAUUUCCAAACAAUAGGAAUCCAAGUCAUGUGCCAGAUAAUCUAGUGAACGAGAUGGUUAAGUUCUGCAAAAACUUCCCACUGGCCCUAAACCUAGUUGGUUCAUUGACCUGUGGGCAACCAGUGAGCAAGUGGAGAACCAUUCUCAAGAAACGCUCUCAUGGUCAAUCAUUUUUGCAGUCAGACAGCAAACUGCUGCUUUGUCUCCAGACAAGCCUUGAUGCAUUGGAUGAGCUGCCCAUUAUCAGGAAAUGUUUCUUGGACCUUGGUUCAUUUCCUGAAGAUGAGCGGAUUACAGAUACUGUUCUUAUGGAUAUGUGGGUGGAGUUGUACAAUCUUGAAGACGAGGUCAUGGAUUCAAGUGAAUACCUCCUUGAGCUCUCAUCACGAAAUCUUAUCAAUCUUAUUCCUACAAGGAAACAUGUCGGUGAACUAGAAGGCUAUGACAAUGAGCAUUAUGUCACACAGCAUGAUUUACUAAGAGAGUUAGCCAUCCACCAGAGUGGCCAAGGGCAUGCUGCAGAAAGAGAACGUCUGCUCCUAGACAUACAGAGGAAUGUCUUUCCUACAUGGUGGAGUAAACAAGAAGAACAAUGCAUCAAUGCCUAUGUCAUGUCUAUUACGACAGAUGAAGCAUUUAGCUCAGAAUGGCAUCAUCUAAAGGCACCAAUGGUCGAAGUAUUGAUACUGAACAUAAGGAGUGAAAGUUACACCCUGCCCAAAUUCAUUGAGACAAUGAGCCAACUGAAGGUUUUGAUUGUCACAGGCUACGGAGUUUAUCCUACCCAACUAGAAGAGCUUCAAAUUUUGGGUUCUUUAUCCAGCCUAAGAGUAAUCAGAUUAGAACACGUUUCAGUUUCCUUACCUAUUGAAGUCAUCUUCACAUUGCAGAAUAUAAAGAAACUUACCUUUGUUACCUGUAAGAUAGGUAAGUCUCUGAAUAGUGGUACAACCGACUAUCCUUAUAUGCUACCAAAUCUGACGCAUCUCGAACUAGAUUGCUGUUUUGAUCUGACGGAACUACCAGAAGGACUAUGUAGUUCUGUCCAGCUUCAGAAACUGAUCAUCAACACAUGCCAAGAACUGGAUGCUCUUCCUAAAGAAUUAGGGAACCUGUCAAAGCUUAAAAUCCUUAGGCUUCGUUGCUGCACAAAAUUACAAGAAUUACCAAAAUCAAUAGAAGAACUACAAGAUCUGACCGUGCUUGAUAUAUCUGAGUGUUCAAGUAUCAAAAGAAUUCCCAAAAAGAUUGGCGAGCUAAGUGGCCUGAGAGUGCUUAAUAUUAGUGGUUGUCAAGGAUUGGAAGAGUUGCCGGUGUCUGUGACAAACUGGUCACAAUUAGAAGACAUCAUAUGCGACGAGGAAACGUUAUGUUUGUGGAAGAAGAUUAGAAGUGAUCACAGUAAUGUGAAUACAAAACUUGUUGAAGAAGACAGAUUAGGCAGCUUUAAGAAAAUCUGUCGGUAAAAUUAAUUUGUUUGUGUAUUGGUCAAACUAUAUAGCAUGAUAGUGAUACUUUUUACAAGAAUGCUGAGCUCGAACCCGAGCUCUGCUUGUAAGAUAUCUAGACCAUCUAAUUAAUUGUAAUUUGUAAUAAUAAUCAAUAGACAAUAUUAUCAUGCUAA